AUGCAUGAGUUUUGUGCUCUUAGUUUUUGGAGCAACACGAAUAUUGGUUUCUCUUUCUCUAACUCCCUCGGCUUAUCAGGGGGGCUAAUAACGCUUUGGAAAAACGAGGCAUUGGAGGUUAUUCACAGUUUCAAGGGGGAAGGAUAUCUCGGAAUAAAAGUGAUAUGGAAGAGUUUUAUUUACUACAUUGUGAACGUUUAUUCGUCGUGUAUUUUAUCUAAGAAGAAGGAGUUGUGGAGUAAGUUGUUAGAGUUGAAAGAGACUUUCACGGAUGGCGAAUGGAUUAUAGGAGGGGAUUUCAACGCCGUCAAACAUCGUGGCGAGAGGAAAGGGAGAACGUUAUAUGAUAACAAUAGUGGUAUGAGGCUUUUCGCCGAGUUUGUGGAGAAGAGUGAUUUGAUAGACAUUCCUUGCAAAGGUAAGAAGUUCUCGUGGUAUAGUGGAGAUGGUAGGUCCAUGAGUCGCAUUGAUAGAUUUCUUCUUUCGGAAGUGAUUGUUGAUAGAUGGAAGGUUAUUGGCCAAAAAAUUGAAGAUAGAGAUUUAUCGGAUCAUUGCCCCGUUUGGCUCGUGAUGGACAACCGUGAUUGGGGGCCGAAGCCUUUUAGGUUCAAUAAUGAAUGGUUCUCUUUUGAUUCUUUUAUUCCUUUUGUGGAAAAAUCUUGGAAUGAGAUUAAAGUUGAAGGAAGAGGGGACUUCAUUUUGAAAUAA